UAUUCUAGUGAGGAGCGUAUUCCACAAAGGCACUGUGCACUUUGAAUAGUUUCACAAUUUAAAAAAUGCAUCCUGUAAUCAUCACCUUCAGUGAACAUAACACAACCAAUGAGAAUGAAUUCAAAUGGACUAGAUGGCCUGUAUAUUACACUGAAAUUCUGCAUAAAUGUCCAGGUACCAAAUGUAACGAAGUGGAUAUGCCAUGUCGUUGUUAUGCUGCAAAUUUAACUAUACGGGAACACGACGACAGGCUACUGUGGCUGCUUUCUAAGGCAUAUGAUACACUACAGUUAUUAGUAUAUGACAGUUUGGUCGUAGUAAUCGGUGUGGAUUUCGCAUGUCUACUACUGAAUUACUGUCACACAAAAUCCGUCAAAAGCAGUACUUUAAAGACAGUAAACACGGAAAUGUUAACAGAUAAAAACAAAAUAUUAAUUAAUCAAAACAAAACGUUAUCUUUUAUAUUUACAAACACAUUUGUUUUAAUUAUGUUUGCGAAGACAUUAAUGUCACCUAAUUUCAAACAUUAUCAACAGAAACUGAGCCUGUUGUUGCCUAUGUUCGCGCCGAAACGGAUAUCACUGUACAUUUCAAAAGGUUUGGAAUCAGUAUUUCAGCCAGCAGAGAGAAAUUCCUCAUCAGCACAAAUAUGUUCCUCAGACAAAUCAUUACAGAACAACCUACGAACUGGAAGCAGAUCCCCAGAACCCGAAAAAAAACCAAAUGAAUCAUACGUGUUGAAAACAGUGGUAACUAGAACUCGAAAAUCUCAAAGAUCGACCAGAGAUGAUAUAACUAGAGUCCUGGACAACCCAGCAAGUUGUAUGAUGACUAAUUUAAACAGUCGCCACUCUGGAAGCAGUGAUGCCAGAAGCCAUGAUGCCAGAAGCAGUGAUGCCAAUAGCAGUGUUGUCGGAAGCAGUGUUGUCGGAAGCAGUGAUACCAAUAGCAGUGAUGUUAGAAGCAGUGAUGCCAAUAGCAGUGAUAUCAGAAGCAGUGAUGCCAAUAGCAGUGGUGCCAGAAGCAGUGAUGACAAUAGCAGUGAUGUUAGAAGCAGUGAUGCCAAUAGCAGUGAUGCCAGAAGCAGUGAUGUUAGAAGCAGUGAUGCCAAUAGCAGUGAUAUCAGCAGCAGUAAUGCCAAUAGCAGUGAUAUCAGCAGCAGUGAUGCCAACAGCAGUGAUGCCAGCAGUAGUGAUGCCAAUAGCAGUGAUGUCAGAAGCAGUGCUGCCAGAAGCAGUGAUGCCAGAAGCAGUGAUGCCAAUAGCAGUGAUGUUAGAAGCAGUGAUGCCAAUAGUAGUGAUGUCAGAAGCAGUGCUGCCAGAAGCAGUGAUGCCAGAAGCAGUGAUGCCAAUAGCAGUGAUGUCAGAAGCAGUGAUGCCAGAAGCAGUGAUGUCGGAAGCAGUGAUGCCAGAUACAAUGAUGAGAUGGUUCGGUAUGCUUCAUUUCGUGAAUUCCCCUCCACCUCGGCCUGGCCUAAUCAUCUGGCAGCUGCAGGAUUCUACCACAGUGGACUGGAUGAUCAGGUGACCUGCUACAGCUGCAGGAUGACCCAUAGGAACUGGAGGCGUACAGAUGAUCCCAUGGAGAUUCACAGACGGGAGUCUCCUGGCUGCAGAUUCGUCCUCAACCAGGAAGAGAACCACCCCGUGGAGGUGCAGGAAGAGGCCCGUGAUCGACUCAUAAGGAUUAGCGGAGUAUCGCCAAACUUACUAUCAAACCUGCUUUCUCGACAUACCGACAGUACUGGCCCAGCUGUGCAGGCAGCAUCAUUGACUGGUACUGGCUCUGCCAUACUGGUAGUGUCGACAACCAGCAUAGAGUCCGCCAUGCUGGUGACUUCAUUGGGUGCCGCUUAUAGCAGUGAGAGUUUGCUGCUCGACAGGCCCAUUACAGACAAUGACCUGUUUGGUUCUCCUUCAACAGCUGGCGGUAAUCUGACCGUGGACCAUGGAACCACGCAGACCGUUGCAGCCAGUGCUGGGCUGACGACGGCAGACACUACGAUAAUCAGCUCCACUAAUGUCCAGCUGCCACCCGAUUCGUCAAGGAACUCAGACAGACCUCCACGAACCUGGCAGCAGUCGAAGUAUCCCAAAUAUGCUGCUUUGGAUACACGUAUUUUGACGUUCGCCGGACGCUGGCCGCACCCAAACAACCAGACUCCACGGCAGCUAGGGGAAGCAGGUUUCUUCUUUUCAGGAAAUUCUCGAGAUAGCACAACAUGCUACUUUUGUGGUGGUGGUCUUAGAAACUGGAUACGGGGAGACAACCCAUUCGUCGAACAUGCCAGAUGGUUUUCGCAGUGCGAGUUCAUUAGAGAGGUCAAGGGAGACAAAUUUGUUGACCUAGUUCAAGAGUUGAAUGAAAACGAAGAAGAGGUGAGGGUCGGGAGGCAGGGGAGUCCAGAUCUACACAACCAAACCGCCUACGCCUAUGGCCCCAAAGAAUGCCCUAGCUCCCGACAUCCCAUCCUCGACCCCAACCAUGUCCAACCACAGUUCAGUCCAAUUCUAGUAGUUGUUUAA